UGAAAUGCGCAAAUUUCAAAGUAACCGGCGUUAAUUGAAUGAGUUUAUAACAGAGGCUCAGGUAUAGCCAGCCAGCUCACAAGAGCGGGGGCCUCAUCUGUUGCUGUGCCCCCUCACCCCUCCCUCCCUCCGGGCUCCAACGGCCCAACUGACGACGCGGCGCUGGAUGGAGAUACAGAGGGGGAUUGCCUCGGAGGGAAAAAACUUUUCUCCCUUUGUUUUUUUAAGUGCCGUUUACUUCAGCGGAGAGAAGGGGGAGAGGGGAGGUGUGUGAGGGAGGACCGUUCAGAUUUUCCACAUAGGAGGAGGACUCGUUGGAGUAGUUUGGUGCGGAGUCGCAGACGCGAACUUCAACGGUUAAUUUAGAGACAAAGUUGUGAGUGAGGCACCGCGGAGAAUGGAAACCAGCUAACCCUCCUCACGUCGGCCAGGUCCUCGAUUUUGAAACAGUUGCAUGAGGCAGGGAUAGGAUAAAAACAAUGCCCAAGUUAUCGGUUUAGUGCAGUUUAAAAAGAGCCGUGGGAGAAGUUGGGAGAGAACCGGUUUUCCCUGGUACCCUACCGCCGUUUUUGUGUUAGUGAAUGGUGGGGUGUUUUUCCUGUUUGACAGGGCCGAUUGUCAAGGAAAAGUUAACGUUACAAUCGCCGAACACACAGGCUCAUCGUCAGCAGAGCUGCUCAAGAUGGACUUGAGAUAACGCCACCAGAGGUGCAACCCUUUACCCGAUCUCCAGCCUCCCACAUUCACACAGAAUGGCAGAUCUCACCGGGUUGAGCCCUGAAGCGGCCGGGGCAGGCACAGCCGAGGUCGACACCUGUAGUUUGGAGAUAGACAGGAAAUAUGAUGUCAUCCCUGCCGUCAUCUGCUCCAUGUGUUGCCUGUUUGGCAUCAUCUACUGCUUUUUUGGUUACCGCUGUUUCAAAGCUGUCAUGUUCCUGUCCGGUCUGAUGUUUGGCUCCGUCAUCAUCUUCUUGCUGUGUCACAAGGAACAUGUGCUGGACACCCAGCUGAGCGUGGAGGCCAGCGCAGGUAUCGGCCUCGGUAUCGGCCUGCUGUGCGGCCUGGUCACUAUGCUGGUGCGAAGCGUCGGCCUCUUCAUGACCGGCCUGCUGCUGGGCCUCCUCCUGGCUCUCGCCGCCCUGCUGGUCACUCACCAGUUCUACACUCCUACCACAGUCUGGGUCCCACUGGGUGCACUUUUGGGAACAGGCAUGCUGUUUGCUGUGCUGACACUGCAGUGGCAAAAGCUCUUCACCAUGCUCUCCACGGCUGUUUUUGGGGCAGCUAUCAUGACUGUGUGUGCCGAUUACUUUGUGGAGAUGCUGGUUCUGGCCACGUAUGUGUAUGAAUGCUUGCGCCUCACACCCGGGCAACCUCUCUGCUGGUACAGCUGGGUCAUUCUUGGCAUCUGGCCCGCCCUCAGCCUCAUAGGAGUACUGGUCCAAUGGAAACUGACGGAUGACAGCUUCUCACACACUGAGGUUGUUAUCAGUCGGAGACAGAAGCGAGUCCAGCUGAUGCGGAUUCGAGAGAAGGACGCCAAGAAGCGACAGCAGGCAGGUGGGCAGGAAGGCACGUACCGCCGUAAACCCACCCCAGUGAAACGUUAUGCUGGGGAUCUACUAGCACCGAGCUAUCUGCAAAGUCUGCGGGACAGACAGAUGGGCACAGGCACUUCCCUUAGCAGCCUGGGCACCGCCAACCACACCAUGAUCGACUUGGACUAUGACACUGGCUCCACUGCGCCCCUUACAGCUACGACCCCAGUCGUCAGGGUCUGAGGUAAACAGAGAUAAGAAGGGACUAUUUAGAGCUCUUUGGUUCUCUAACUGUCUUCCUAACAUAGAGUAGAAUCAACAGACUGCUCCCCUCAGCUAAGGGUUUAUUCUGCCCUCAAACUGAUUUGGAGCGAGGAUUUGUGUCAGUCCUGCGUGUUAGAAUGCUGCUCUUUGGGGAAAACUUUGAGGUGUCACCAGUUUGUUGACAGCUACAACAUAACCACUGCGUUUCUUAGAGAAACACUCAAAAACAGAUACUAACAAAUUAAGGUCCUCCAUUUCCUCUCAGCAUGUAUGAAAUACAUAAAAAAGCAAGUACGAGCCUCAAAACCAGAUGUGUGUCUUUUGUGAAUUAUGACAAAGCAGUUUGUUUGACAUUACAUGUACUGUACUUAAAAACGUUAGUCAUUGCCAUGAAGUGUUGCAUUAUUACCUGUUAUUACCUGUGUGCUCAUAGGAUUUGUGAAUGUUUAUCAUUAACAUGUAUUUUUUUGGAUGGAGUUUGGUGAGAGAGUGAAUUAUGACUUGCAGGUGGAUACAUGGAGUAUGACAAAGUGAAGCAAAAUAAAAUAAUGCAAAUAAAAACUGUUUCCUGUCAGAAUAGGUGAAGAAUUUAGACUGUUGUGUAUGCCUGUGGAGUAAACAUUUUUAUAAUUUAAUUUAUACAAUGACUACAGUAGGGUUGAAAAAAGGACAUAAAAACAAAGCAUGUUGUUGUUAAUUUGUAGAUUUUUAAAUAAUUAUCCAUUUUGUUGUUUCAGUUUUGGAGGGACAAUGCACUUGUUACCUGGUUGUGUACAUACCUGUCAAUAGAAAUUUCAAAAUCAAUAAAUGUGUUUGAUACAAAACCA